AUGUAUGCAGAAUUCGAGGCGAGGUGUAAACAGAGCGAAUGGCACUUCGACUCAGAUCCCUGCAAGAAGACAUGCCGAAAAAAUCAGCUCGGUCCAGAGUUGAAAUCCAACUUCAGUGAAGCGGUGCUACUGGAGCAUAUGAAUGUCUCAUGCACAGACACAACCAAUUUCAUGAUCGGUUCCGGUGAAAUUGUGUGCGGUCAAAGAGGAUGGCUAUCCAACGCCAAACUUCACUGUCCCGAUCUUGAAGACAUAGUAUCGCCGUUGUUGAAAUUGAUCUACACUGGCGGAGACAAAAAUGCCAUUGAUACGUUUGUGAGAUUCAAAUGCCGUAACGGUGAACUAGACGGGCCUGAACGCAUCUUAUUGCAAAAAAGACGGAAACUUUGGCGCGAAAUGGUCAAAUCCACCACCCACGUGCACAGUUUACAACAAUGUCUCGCUUCCUCAGACAGCAUCGAGUGUGACUUACGA